CCAGGAAGAGGGUACGUGCACGAGCUCGCUCAUGAUUGGCUGCUUGUGCCCCCUCGGAGUGCUGGUAACCAGGAAGCCGCCAAGACAUGAGUACAGCCGGGGAGAGGAAGGUGUCGGGCUUCGGGGCUCUGUGAGGCAGCCAGGGUAUCUGGCUUGCAAGCUAUGUCAACAAACCCUCUGUUUGCUACCAAAAAAAGGGACAUUUCAAUGCUUUAUGGUACAAGUUGUGUUAAUGCUAACUCCUCCGCUGAACCAGUACGAGUCUACCCUCCAUGCAAUGGUCAGAUCAGCUGCCCUCCUUCAAAACGCCUACGGUCAGCAAAUGCUUCCAAAGGCAAAGCUAUGGAUGAGGUUUUUGGUGACAAUGAAGACUUUACAGCUGAUGAUUUGGAAGAAAUAGAUAUUUUGGCCUCUCAGGCCUUCACACAGGACAGCAGUUCAGUAAAUCUCCAUUUUAAUCGAAAUCAAGGCAAAGUGCUGUCAGAUAACCAACAGUCAACAUCUACUUUUCCUCCGAUACACAGACCAACACCCCACAGACCAGAAAGAGUUGUUACAAAUCACCGUGAUAAUAAUGCCUUUGGUCUGGAGGUUUUGCAGUCUCCGCUUGAAGAUUUUAACCAAAAGCUCACUGCUCUUCAAGAUGAUCUAUUGGUCAAGAAUGGUGAAAUUAAAGUCUUGAGAGAUGCACUUCAUCAAACAGAGUACAGCCUGGAACAGCAGAAAACUGCACAUGUACAACUGGAAAAUGAGAGGACUCGGCUACAAAGUGAGAAGGAAAAGGAAUUUCUUAAAAAAGUUCAGUCACUGCAGUCAGAAUUGCAGUUUAAAGAUGCAGAAAUGAAUGAACUGAAGUCAAAGUUACAGAGCUGUGAGCGAAGGACUGCUUUGCCCCAAGUUAGCCCCAAGAAAAGUCCUUCCAGAGCAACAAAGGUUGAUUCUUGUUCCUCGCCACAACGAGGAAAAAAUAGCUUUCCUACAAAAGAAUCAUUUAGAGCAAACACUAGUGUCAGAACAUCUGUGCCAGCGCCUCCCCAGCCUACUUCUUUCCCAGGUGUUAAAACAGAGAUUGAAGUGUCCUAUGCAACAAUUAAGCAAGCAAAAGUAUUUUCCAGGUCUUGCGGUAUGCAGAGGAUGAACACUCAAGGUUCAAUUUUACUAAAUAGUUUGAUGCAACAGUCACAUCCUGAAGGUCCAUUUGGUUUGUACCAUCUCCUUAGUGGUAACUUAGAUGUUCUCCAAGGAUCACCUGUGCGUAGAGGCCAUACAAGCAACACCUCGGGAAAAUCUAUUUCCGGUACGCUGUCCUCCACUCAGUGUCUUGCUUUAAAAGAUGCACAGAAAUUGGCCAUCACUGGACUAAACUCCAUUGCACUGGGUGAUGACUUGACAGAGCAGAAUAUGGUUACAAAAACCCAAAGGGGGAUGCAGAAUCUCAAUAAAAUGUCCCGAAUUCCAGGAGCUGUGCUCAUACUGCCUCUAGUGGAGUUUCAUAUUGCUGCUUACUGUCUAGCUUUGAAGCCGCUAGAGAAAUGCGGCGCAAGUUCAUCUGAUAAUCAAUCUUUGUCAUCCUCCAGCACGGACCGUAACAUCAUUUCCAGUGUUGAGGAGGCAAUAUCUUGUCUCAGUGAACCUGCUCUGGCCUCCCUUGGAAUCCUUUAUUACCUGGUAUUUUACAGUCUAGAUGUAGUAGAAACUUUACUGCUGACCAAUGAGGAGAAACGGACACAAAUAUCUUUCAAUCCAGAAGCUCAGCUGGAACUUUGCUCUUUAAGAAAUGAAAGGCUGGACAGUGAUGAGCAAAAUUGGCAUCCUUUAUUUAAAAAUAUUAUGUUCCUCUUGUCUUCCUCUAUUUUGACAUCUAAGAGAGAUCUGGUCCGGGAACAAGCUCUCCGAGUUCUGGUGAAAUUGGCAGAAAAUUCUCCUGAAGAAAUGUUGUCCAGAUUUGAGGAUUUGUUCACCUCUUCUGUGUUGCUUCAGUGCCUAUCUGCAGGUUCUCCCCUUCCUAUUGCCCUUAAUGCUGUCAGACUGCUGGCUCUUCUUGCAGACCACAAAAAGCUGGUCAGUCUCUUCUGUUCUUGUUCAGAAAGUUGUAUCCUUCUUGCUCUGUACAUGUACAUCACUUUAAAACCAGACAAACAGGCAUCUGAAUCACUGUGGGUACAGUUUGAGUAUGAGGUGAUCAGGGUGCAAAACAAACUGAUUACUCAAGGCUGGAAUUAUUCUUCCUCUGAGUCAGGAGUUCAGUGUCAGUGUAAUAGAGAGGUUGUAAAGGCAUUGGUUCUCACCCUACACCAGGAGUGGCUCUGUGUGCGGCGUCUAAUUUUACUCACUCCCACACCAUCCUUAAACAAAUCUGUGCAACUUCUAAGAGAGACGGCAAUGCUGCUAUACAGUUUCUUCCAAAAGGAUAAAAACUUCAGUGAGAACUGUCUGGAGGUCCUCCACCCGUAUGAUCAAGCUGUGCGAGGAGUCCGAGCCAUUUUAAGAAAAUAUAAUAUUUUGAAGGAGAAUGAAGAGUUUGCCCUGGACGAAUUGUGCCCUCCUGAUGUUGAAGCAGAGGAUGAAAACAUGGACUGCACCUGAUACAAAAUAAAUUGCUCAACUGCACAACCAAUUUUUUAGUGUCAACAUAGCAUAUUUUAAGUAUUUCACAAUAAGAUUAUUAACCUGAUCUUAAAGAUUGUAGAGAGUGCCUUAAAUGUAUUUUUUCAUAAUGGCACACAUUAAAUACUGUAACUUUUAAAAAUUAAACCUAAUAUUUAAAUACAAACAUGUUCUCCAUCA